UUCGUUCUUUUGCUGUGAUUGGUUCGCGCGUUCCGUUCCGCUGUGGAUUUCCGCGCCAUGGGACACCAGUCUAAGUUUGCCCAUCACCAGCCAUGGAAACACGCUACACUGUCCCAGUAUUGCACUAGUAAGCGAUAGUGCAGCCAAAGGAGAACGUUACAAAUUUUGCAUCCUUUCCCUUAAACCGAGAAACUUCCUGUCAAUAGCAUUUCAGAAAUCUGCCUUUAUUACACGAGUCUAAUUUUUUUAAUAUCCCAAAGGAGGAAAAAGAAAUAAUUCUUAUUGUGCAUUUCUUUUUGAAUCAAUGUCGAUUUGCUUCUUCAAAAAAUCGAAUGUCUUAUCUCGAGAUACGACAUCGACGAAGUCGUGAAGUUAUGAAGAGCUACAUUCAUACUUCGGCUACAUUCAUACUUGACCGUUCCGUAACUUUUAUCGUGAGAUUUUCAUAAGCGGCGCGAGAGGCGGCCGACGGAAGAUAACCUAAGUUGCCGUGUGCCAUAUGUCGGGGAGAACAUCAGCGAUCACGAGUUCUCUGAUACUGCGAGGGAGGAGAGAAAGAAAGAGAGAGAGACCACAUUCCGUACUUUAAAGAGAGAUUAAAAUGCCGAAAGGUAGAGUGCAAGAGAAACCUGCUAAAAUAAAAGUCAAGCCUGCAAACACAAACUCGGUUAAGACAAAUAAGAGUUUACAAUUACCGAUAAAUUUUAUGAUCGCUGCUGUAUGCAUUGCUGUUGCUGCUUGGUUCGGAUAUAAGGGAUAUCUUGAAACCAGAGUUAAUACUCCGUAUGAUGUAGAAAAGCUAGUUACUACAUCUGGAUUGGAUGUCCCCGAUAGAUAUUGGGGUACCUAUCGACCUGGUGUAUAUUUCGGUUUAAAAACAAGAGAUCCGCAUUCCUUGGUGACUGGUUUAAUGUGGUAUUUUCCACGUUUUCUACGUCAUGAUGGAAGUGGUUUCAGACAUUGGUGUGAGCAAGGCGAUAAAUUAGACAGAUAUGCAUGGCUAGAACAUGACGGGCGAACAUUUGGCGUUCAGGAAAUAGUAGAUAAUGCUGUAACUAUAAGAACAACAUUCGUGAAAAAGCCUGGAGGAUAUCAUGGUGGUGAUUGGACUGCGAGAAUUGCAGUGUCAUCAGAAAGAGAACGAAAUGGAGAAGAGAUAUCGCUGUUAUUUUAUACCGCUAUUGAGGAAGGCACGAAAGGUUGGAUAAAGGCUAAUUUAGGGGAUUAUAAUCGUUUGACGGGAAUCGAAGGAAAUACCCAAGGAUUGGGAUCUUUCAUUAUAAAUGUAAACUUAAUAAACGGCACUAUAGAAGAACAUUCCUUUUUGGCAACAGUUACUCCUGGUCUAAAUGUAUUGAAAGAAACGGUUUUACAAAAUCUUCGUGUUGCAACUCAGAAGGGAUCCAUGGAGAAACAUGUAGUUUUAGCUGGCGAACAACUAUCUUUACUGCCCGAAGGCAAGAAAAAGGAUCCAAAUUUUGUCGCUACUCAAGUGACAGGAAAAAUCCCUUUUGAGAUCGAAAUCAGUUAUGAAUCUGGCAGUUUUAGUAAUAGGAUAGAUAAAUUAACGGGCAAGAAUUAUGAUGAGGCUCUUAAGGAACAAAGACAAUCGUUCUCGAAGAAAUUUGAAAGUGUUUUUAAGCUGAAGUCCAAGGGAUAUACAGACGACGAAGUAGCGUUCGCGAAAAUGGCAUUCUCGAAUCUUAUAGGUUCGAUAGGUUAUUUUUAUGGAGCUUCACAGGUACAAAGUAUGUAUACUCAGGGACCUGUGCCUUACUGGAAAGCACCUUUGUACACCGCUGUACCAAGCAGGAGCUUUUUCCCGCGUGGUUUCCUGUGGGACGAAGGUUUUCAUGGUUUACUUAUCUCAGCCUGGGACACGGAGAUAGAAUUAGAUAUUAUAAGUCAUUGGUUUGAUUUGAUGAAUAUCGAGGGUUGGAUUCCAAGAGAAAUGAUUCUGGGCCAGGAAGCUCUGGCUAAAGUGCCCGGAGAAUUUGUAACUCAGAUUAACACGAAUGCGAAUCCGCCAACAUUUUUCUUAACGCUAGACUUUAUGCUCCAGCAUAAAGAGGAGGAUUUGCUGAACCGUAAUUUCCGAUUGCUAGACAAACUAUAUCCACGAUUGCAGGCAUGGUUCUCAUGGUUCAACGUCACACAAGUUGGCGAUCUACCUAGUACGUACAGAUGGCGAGGCAGAGAUGGGACGACUACUAGAGAAUUGAAUCCUAAAACGCUUACAUCCGGCUUGGAUGAUUAUCCCAGGGCUUCUCAUCCGAAUGUUGUCGAGCGUCACGUCGACUUGCGUUGUUGGAUUGCGUUCGCCGCUCGCGUUAUAGCUAGAAUCGCUGAAAUAUUGAGUUACUCUGCCAAGAAGUACCAGGAAACAUUCCAGUAUCUAUCCGACAAUAACUUAUUGAAUAAAUUACAUUGGUCGCCAAACGCGCAAGCAUAUGCUGAUUACGGUUUGCAUACCGACAAAGUGAUUCUACGGAAACCUGCGCCACCAUCACCUCAUAAACAGCAAUCUAACAUACAACCGCCGGAAAUGAUGCGCGUUGUAUUGGAGAAUCCAUCUUUCAAGUUCGUCGACACAACCUUUGGAUAUGUAUCAUUGUUCCCUUUCAUUUUGCAGAUCAUCGAACCCGAUUCGCCACAAUUGGGGAAAAUAUUGCAAGAUCUACGUGAUCCUGAUUUACUGUGGACGAAAUAUGGAUUACGCUCGCUCGCGAAAACAUCACCCUUAUAUAUGAAAUACAAUACGGAGCACGAUGCGCCUUACUGGCGCGGUCCCAUCUGGAUAAACAUGAAUUACUUGACGGUGCGGGCCGCGUAUCAUUAUUCUAACGUGACAGGACCGUAUCGGGAAAAUGCGAAAAGAAUAUACCAGGAGUUGCGAAAAAAUUUGAUACAGAAUAUUAUUAGACAGUAUAGAAAGACCGGAUACUUGUGGGAGCAUUAUGACAGUACUGAAGGAAAUGGUAAAGGAAGCCAUCCUUUUACGGGUUGGACUUCUUUGGUUGUAUUACUUAUGGCAGAAAUAUAUUAAAUGUCAUGCUGACAUACGUAUGUACAUAUAUACAUAUACAUGUAUAUAUA